AUUAUCCAGCGUCUUAUAAGCGAAUAGACAAGAUCAAGGUCUACAGAAAAGCAUAGGCCAUGUCAGUUAUCAUUGCGGUCGUUAAAAUUCUAGUUGUUCUGAAUAUAUGUAACGCGAUGACAAUGAAACAGAUAAAAUCAACAGGAAAGAUGAUGAGAAAAACAUGUCAACCAAAAAACAAUGUUGCUGAUGAGAAAAUUGAUCCAAUGAUCAAAGGCGUAUUUAUAGAAGAAAAAGAAGUAAUGUGCUACGUAGCAUGCAUCAUGAAAAUGGCUAAUGCGGUAAAAAAUGGUAAAUUAAAUUAUGAAGCUGCGAUGAAGCAAGCAGAUUUGCUCUUGCCAGAGGAAAUAAAGGAGCCAGCUAAAGAAGCAAUUACAGCUUGCAAGAAAAUAACGGACUCUUACAAAGACGUUUGCGAGGCCUCGUUCUACGUGACAAAAUGUAUUUACAACCACAAUCCAUCAAUUUUUUACUUUCCUUAAUAAAUAAUUCAAAUCCGUAGUUA